AUGUACCGCGCGGCUGUGGCACGGGUGGGCACGGUGGCGAGCGCCAGUGUGUGUGCAGUGGUGGCGGGCGUGGUGCUGGCCGAGUACAUAUUCACCUUGAAGAGAAAGAUGAGCCGCAAGACCAAGAUCAUCGAGAUGAUGCCGGAAUUUCAGAAAAACUCAGUGCACAUCAAGAAUCCUACAAGAGUAGAAGAAAUCAUCUGUGGUCUCAUUAAAGGAGGAGCUGCCAACCUUCAGAUAAUAACAGACUUUGAUAUGACACUAAAUAGGUUGUCCUACAGUGGGAGAAGAUACCCAUCAUGUCAUAAUAUCAUUGACAACUGUAAACUUGUUACAGACGAAUGUCAAGAAAAGCUGCUGCAGCUGAAGAAGCAGUAUAACGCCAUUGAGGUUGCUCCCGACCUCACUGUGGAAGAGAAGUUCCCUUACAUGGUAGAGUGGUAUACUAAAUCGCAUGGUUUGCUUGUUGAACAAGGCAUACCAAAAACCAAACUUAAAGAGAUUGUGAGAAUGAGUAAACUUUUCACCUUGGUCAAGUUUGCAACUAUUAGUUGA